UUCCUUUUUCUUCACGCCAAGAGCAAGAGCAAGUAUAGCGGAAAUCGGAAAUAUCGAGCAAUAUCGAAUUACCGAAAAACAUCCUUAUGCAAGAACAGUGAUAAAUUCGAUUAAUUAAGUGUGUUCAUUCGCACAUCCUCUUUGACAGAUUUUUUUUUCACGGAAGGAACCGUGUGAGAAAUCAAACGCUCUUACGCGUUUGUUGGAUCGUAGUUUUAACCGAAGACGAAGACUCCAAAUCAGAGUCUCAACAUGUAUACACGAAGCAGACAAAAUCAGGGCUACGGCAAUGCGCGGAAUCCAAAUAAUCCCCAAAUUCAAGGAUCCUAUACAAUGCCUGUACUAGUAGCUAUACAACAAUACCGAGGAGGUGCAUUCGACCAGGGACUAGGUCGUCAGUUACCCACAUAGCAUACCCUACCCAUACGAUGCUAGACCUUGGUGGGGUAGCACAACCGUAGAGGUUCCUUGUGUAGCGGCGACCCACCCUAUGUUUUACAGUAUAAUACACAAGGAAGUUACCAAGCAUCGCAAUCUACGUCCAAUCAACAAAGCAAUUACAAACAAGGCAACAUACAAAACUCACAAGGCUUCAAAUCUCAGCCGCAGUCGCAGCAGCAGCAGCAGCAGCAGCAGCAGCCGCCGCCGCCGCCGUCGCAACAACAACCACAACCACAACCAACGCAAAUGCCAGCAGCCACAGCAACACGGCCUUUAUCAACUAUAGCACCUACCCAACAAUUAAAAUCGCAAAUUCAACAAGGACAGCAGCAAAUGUUACAACAGCAGCAUCAACAGUCAUUGCCGCAGCAACAAAUGCAACAACAAUCCCAACAACAUAUACAACAAAUGCAACAACAAUUACAGCAGCAGCAGCAGACACCAAAUCCGCCUCCACUACAGCAACGAUUAAAGCCAAUUUUAAAGCAAAGCACAGCAAAUGUGCAGCCAGCUACAACUGCUGCACAAAUAAUGCCCGUAACUUCUCAACCUUGUGUGCCUCCUGUACAUACUCCGACUUCUACUAAUAACAAUUCUGAUGUUAAUGAUGAUAAUAUGAAGACAGAAGAUACAGAUGUUGAAAUGCAAGAUGCUCAACCAAGAUGGCGAAGAAAGAUACCUGGAUUUAAGGUAAAUAAAAAAUUGAAACGUCUUCGUAUGAACCAGCGUCUAAGGAAAACUUUGCAGCCUAAAAAUGCAAUCAUGGUUUUGAAUGAGAUGAAAGCCGGAGUUCAAUUUACUUUCCCUGAAACCCAAGGACCCAUGACAAACUCACUUUAUCUUGUUCAUGCUGAGCUUGAUGGUAAAACUUAUGUUGGACAAGGGUUAUCUAAACCACUUGCUCGUCAAAAUGCAGCCGAGAAUGCAUUAAAAGCUUUAUUACUUGAAAAGAUGACAGCAGCAUCUAUGAAAGCACGUAUAGAUGCUGAAUCAGACGGACAAGCUAAUUCAUCUAUAGAGGGACUAAAAGAAGAAAUUAAUGAGGAUAACACUAUUAUGGACACUAAUACUGAAGAUGAAAUUCCCUGGAGUUCACUGGCCAGUUUCGCGCUUUAUAAACUUUUCCUUGAAUGGCAUAAUCAAGGAACGUCAGUCCCAGUUCCACGACCUGGUUUGCCAGCGACAAAGGGAGCCAAAAAAGAUAAUCCUAAUGCACCUAAAACUCCCGUUCAAAAGGAACUUCCACCUAAUCCUGUGAAUAUACACCCAGUUAUGUUACUGAAUCAGAUGAAGCCUGGACUAACAUAUGUAGAACUCAGCCGUGUCGGUAAUCCACCAAAUACAAUGUUUACUCUGGCUGUUGAAAUUGAUGGAGUUGAAUAUUCAGGGACAGCUAAAAAUAAAAAAGAUGCUAAAAAGGCAGCAGCUAAAGCAGCAUUGUUAGCAUUGUACGACUUAACUUAUCCUGAAGAUGCGGCAAAACAGGAAAAUAUGUUGGAUCUCUCUCAAAACAAGUUUUAAGUAUCGAGUCGAACAUAAAGUUGAACAUGAGCAAUGCUUGAACAUUUUUGGUAUCAAAUGUAUCUUAUAUUUAAGAUAUUAUUUAUAAUGUGCAUAUCUUGAAAAAUCAAAUGUAUUUUUAUUUAACAUUGAAGAAUUUUCCCACAAAUAAUAUAGCAAAACAAUGUACUUUACAAUAUAAUGACUAACCAUAGAAAUCGAGUUGAAAUUUUUAUUAUAAUCAUGUGUUAAUUACUAUAUAAUAAGGCAUUAGGCACAUAAUUGACUUAUACUACAUAGUACUAAGUAUAUUGUUAAAAAGACAGUAUUGUAAUGAGAAUGUAAUAAAUAUA